GCAGCAACCGGAAAUAACGUGUCCUGCAGCAAUGGCGGACCUACUAGGUCUGCUGUCGCUGUUUCUCCUAUUAUUAGUCUAUUUAGGAGAAUGCAAGCUAACGGUGGAAGAGUGUAAAAACCUUGGAUUUUCCACAAAUCUGCUGUGCAGUAAUUGUGAAGAGCUUGACAAGUUCCAGCUCUUACCUCUCAAAGAUUCUUGUCAAGAAUGUUGCCAAGAAGACAGAACUGAAGAGGAAAAGGCUGGUCUUUAUCCAUAUGCAGAGUUAAUUGUGUGCGGAUGAAAAUUGGGAAGGUAUCCACAGGUUCAGGCUUUUGUUAAGAGCUCCAAGCCUGACCAGUUUCCUGGACUCGAAAUCAAAUACGCCAGAGGCGCAGACCCAAUCAUCAAGCUUUAUGAUGAAAACCGAGCUGUGCGAGAAGAACUGGGUAUCGAGAAAUGGAACACGGACUCUGUGGAGGCCUUCUUUCAUGCAAAACUGAAGAAAUAAACCCGUCACAAUAAUUUUGAAAUGUCCCACUAUGAGCAUCAUUCUUUGGUUCACUUUUGAUAAUGUUUUGUACAUUUUCUGCAGUCGAUGUCAUUUUUGAUAGCCUUGGAAUGUCAGUCAUUAUCAUCUUAAUUUCACAAAAUGCAUAACAUUUUCUGUUAUUUUUGUACAUACUUUCAACACUCAUUUUAGCCAGUAUGUUGUCUUCCAUUAAUCUUAAAACCGACAGAGCAAGAUAUUUGUGAAGUGUAGUUGUCCAAUAACUAACUGACACAAAUCUAAUGGCAAGUGGUUCCUUCACAUUUUCAUUGCCAAGCAGUGAUGACAACAGGAGAAUCUAUUUUCAGCUGAAAAAUUAUUGUGUCAUCGAAUUCAACAGAUUUAGAUGAUUGAAAGAAUUUAUCAAUUUGAGAUAAAAUCGGCAGAAAUCUGUCGAUCAGCGGAAAAUUGCCAUCCCUGUGCCAAGGCAGUUGAUUUCUAGUAACAGAAAAAUUAUGUUUUCUAGCUGUUAUAAAGGAUGUUAUUUAAUCUGAAUAUGGUUGAGAGAAAACAGAAGUGAAUCCGAGAAUGUUUGCCUCGUAGUGAGAUGUCUGAUAUGCCUAUCUAUGAAGUCCCUGCAUGAAACCAGAUGGUUUGUGGGGAUGGAUGACCGAGGUUUUGUUGGAAGACAUUUCCGAGUUGUUGCAUCAUUGUCCAUCUCAUUUUGUUUCAAGACCUUGUUUACAUUACAAGAAAGUGUAUUUAUCGUGUGGUUUUAUCACAUUGUUUACAAGUAAAAGGAAAGUGGACAUGA